AUGGGAUUAAAAGUAAUGGAUAUCAUAGUAAUAAUAUUAAGUUUAUUCUGCUUUUACACGGAGUAUAUCCUGUCUUGCAACGUGACCUCCCUCGAACCGUGUCCAGGAAAUAAUUAUUUCUGUAACCAGACGUCGCUCGAGUGCGAAUGUAUCGAGGGUUACUACAAAGUUGGUGAUGAAUGCGAAAACUCUUAUACGUAUUAUAUAUCAAGCCGCGAUUCCACAGCCAUAGUUGUGAGUAUUUUCGCAGUUGCUUUAAUAGUUUGCGGGCUGGUGUUGGUGAUCAGGAAGUACGAUUUGGUUGAAUAUGUGCGUCAAAAGAUUAAUUUGAGGAGGCAUAAUGAUGUGAUGUAUGAAGACGUCAUGAUCGGUCAAGAUGACCCGCCUUUGAGCCCUUAG